UGCUGGGUAAUGAUAUCCACCGAAUACGAGAACGUGUCGCCGCAAGAGAAACUUCCUACCUUCUUGUGUUUCUUCCUCAAUCGUGCUAUAGGCAGCCUAAAACAUUUGCGGUUGUGAUUUUUCUGUUUUCCCGUUUUGUCUCUAGUUCUUCUGAUUUCGGUUGGCGAAAAACGAAAUAAAAAAAAAUAUACAUAUAAUCAUCGAAGAAAAAUUCCUAUUCUUUUGAUUGUCACAAAACUAAGAAGAUGAAAUCUCGCGUCGCGUAAACUGUGACGGUGCUGUGAAAAGUGAAGAAAAAAUUGUGUGACAUUGGGCAAAAAAGAGUGUGUGUGUGUGUGCGUAUUAUUGAAAAUUUCAAGAAAUAUUUUCCAAAAUUAUCAAAAGUAAUACACAUAAGUAUCCCACACACUCACACAUACAAGUGUAUAUACAUACAAAUCUACAGGAAUGCCAAUAUAAAUAUUCAACAGUAGCAGUCCGUUUAAGAGUGAAAACCGCAAACAAAAAGAAAAUAAUUUGCAAGUAAAAAUUUGGUAUAUAUAUUAACAAAAUCAACAACAAGACGUGAUAGAAAACGAAAUCAAAUUAUUUAAAAUAAAAACACAAAAAAUAAAAAGAUACACAAGUGUGAGGAAUUGUGAAAGAAAAUAUUACCAGGAAAACUCCAUAAGCAAGAUUGGCAGGCCGCCUGUGUUUAUUGUGUGUAACAACAUCCCGGCGGAAAUCGUUGAUACUGAAUAAUGGCCAUUUGCAUGGAAUAGAAUUGCUCGGCCUUCUUUCUUCACAAAGCGGUCAGUUAUAACAGUAACAACAACAACAACAAUAACAAAACAAUUGACAAUUUUUCAAGUACGCUACGCAAAACUCCUAAAAGUAAUGCACAACAAACAUUGCACAAUGGCUGAGAGAGUUUUCACAUACAAGUGUGAGUGAGUGCAAUUGUGCGAACGCAUAAGAGUGAGAGUGAGAGAGAGCUAGAGAGUGGCUGUGCCAACUGUUGGCAUUGAGUUUCCGUUUUUUUGCCAUAUCAAGUAAGGCACUAGUGAAAGUGUGCAUGUAUGCGUCACUGUGUUGAUGUCUUCGAUACAGAAGUUGAAGUCGAAGUUGCUAUGCGUACUGCCGAGUACAUAGGUAUGCGUGCGUUCGUGAGUUUGUGAUUAUGUGUGUUAACAUGCGGUUUCCGGCUAAAGGCGAUACAAUUUAAAUUUUUUUUCUCCUCAUGCGACAUUCGUUUCAAACACAAAAAGGAUUUACUACCGUGGAUUUUCUUUAUUUUAACCUAAAACAACAACACAAAUAACAUCUGUGGUCACAAUAAUUUCAAGAACACCAAACGACAACAGCAACAACUACAACUACAACAAUAUACUGCCAAUAAAAAGAGGAGAUAACAUCUUAAUGAAACCAAAACGCAUGGAAGCAUAGUCUGUUUGUGCCAAUCGACGGGCGAUUGCUUUAAUGAUUCUCCAAAUCAUCGGAUGGAGCAUCAACUUAAACUUGGCAUAUACAUGCACCACGUCGAUUGUCAUCUAUUGAAGUAUUCAUGUGAAUGCAACUGCAUCUGCUUCUCACUUCGAGGACAUCCGAGGCACCUGAAUCAAAGAUUGGUGCAUUUUUCAUAACAACAACAACAACAAAGGCAAAGGAUAUAAGAAUCCUUAAUGCACGAACGCCACAAUGAAGUUGGACGAAUAGCGCAGAUAACGGAACACCUACCGAAUCUGUUCUCCAUGGAUAUGACAUAUUUGGUAUUUCUGACGUGAUUGCGAGCAUCCAUAGACAACGUGGAUAUUGGUCGAAUUGCUGCAGCAGUGGGAGAAGCAGCGAAGGUGGAGAAGAGGAGGUAGUCGAAAGAAAAACUUGUUAACAUUUACGAAGCAACCAAGAAAUACAAACAUAAAUGCACGCCAACAUGACAUCAGACAAAGCCGGUGGCGGCGGAUCUUGGCGUCUGCCGCCAGAUGAAACACUUCAAAUACAAGAUCCCAAGCAAAAAGAUCAAGACUUAGACCUGGACGAGGGUCACAAUUGGCGAUCGAUUAUAUUUUCGCUAUUAGUGAUAAGUUUUGUUAUAGCCGGUAUUAUAACAGCCAUAUAUUUAUUAGGUUAUGUAGAUGAAUUACUUUAUUGGUCGGGACGCCGAAUGAUACUCGAUGAGUAUCUGCAGGGCGACUUAACACCCACCCGCCUACAGCCGUCGUGGGUUACCACCAAAAAAUAUGUUUUCCAAGCGGAUGAUGGCGGCCUCUCGGUACUAGACACUGCCAACAAUAGGGUCAGCACAUUGGCAACCAAUCACACUCUAAGACAACUAAAUGUACAGGGCUACGAAUGCUCGAACGAUCUGCGAUAUGUACUAUUCAGACAUAAUGUUAAGAAGAUUUUCAAAAAAUCAUUUAAUGCAUUUUAUACAAUAUACGAUGUCGAUAACGAUCAUCACAUGCCUGUGAAAUUAAAAGACUCACCCAAAGUCCAGAGGACACGCCUGCAAUAUGCAACCUGGUUGGGGAAUACCACCUCACUCAUAAUCGUUGCCGACAAUGACAUUUACAUCCGACAAUCACCAGCCGACGAAGAGGAUUUGCGCAUAACCCACACAGGUUAUCAGAAUCUUUUCUACAACGGUGUGCCUGAUUGGCUGUAUCAAGAGGAAAUUUUCAAUGAGCCCCAAGCCAUUUGGCCCUCCCAAGAUGGCACAUACUUUAUGUAUGCCUCCUUCAACGAUACUAACGUUGGCAUGAUGACCUACCCCUGGCUAGCUUCAGGUGCUGUAAUAACUGGCACUGGUGUUUCAGCUGGAAGUUCAUUUCCAGAGACGAAAAACGUUCGCUACCCAACACCGGGCACAGCUAAUCCCGAAGUAAAACUUUGGAUUGUUAAUAUAACGAACAUCACAGAUAUUCAACACAUCCAGUUGCAGCCGCCUCCAUCUUUGGACGAACAUGAUUAUUAUUUAACAUCAGCUGGCUGGGUUACCGACAACAAUCGACAGGUGUCGGUCGUGUACAUGAUGAGAUCUCAGAACUACAGCGUUAUAUCAACCUGUUUUGCCGAUCAGAAUUGGGACUGUUCUGAGAUUCAUGCGGAACGUGCACCAGAGGAUGAGUGGCUUGAUGUGCUGCCUCAUCCAGUCUUUGCUCCAGAUGGUAAUAGUUUUCUGAUACUUGCGAGUGUUCAGGAAUCUGGAACGGAGCAUUUCACUCACAUCAAACACGUGACCAUCACACAACAGAGAAUAUCGGUUAUAUCUCAUGGACGAUAUGAGGUAUUGAAAAUUCUUUGCUGGGACACAGCCAAUCACUUGGUGUACUAUUUAGGCACGAAAGAUAAAAAACCAGGACAGCGCCAUUUGUACACAGUGAGAGAUCCCGUCAAUGAUGAUAAUCGCAAGACGGAGCCGAAUUGCAUAACUUGUGAUCUAGGCGAAGCUCUUUGGAGCAGUCGAUACUAUUACUCUAAUUGCUCUCACUUCGAUGCCUUUCUGGCACCCAAGUCUUCCGUUGCUACCCAAUCUGGAAUUUCAUUCUAUAUCCUGGACUGCCAAGGUCCCGGUUUGCCCGUAUCGGGUGUACAUGCUUCCAAAACGCACAGCCUGGUCAAGGUGCUGUAUGAUACAAGGCUCUUCUAUACAGAGCGAUUGAAAAAGUUGGCCCUUCCCACGCAAAGGUCCUUCGAAAUAUCACUGCCGCAUGGCAGUAGGGCUCAAGUGCAAUUAUUGCUUCCACCCAGUUGGCGAGAGGAGCUGAGAGAUGCAGCCUUCCCAGUGGUCGUCGAAGUGAAUGGACGUCCUGGUUCUGAAUCAGUGUCCGAAAGAUUUCGAGUGGACUGGGGUACAUACAUGUCAUCACGUAAUGAUGUCAUUUACAUACGCCUUGAUGUUCGUGGUGCCAAGGGCCAGAGCAAAAAGUCACUUUAUCGUCGCUUGGGUGGCGUUGAAGUUCAAGAUCAAAUAUCCGUCAUACGAUACCUUUUGGACACGAUAAGUUUUUUAGAUGAGACGCGUGUGGGUAUUUGGGGCUGGGGCUAUGGUGGCUAUGUCACUUCCAUGGUCCUGGGUACCCAACAGGAUGUCUUUAAAUGUGGCAUAGCCAUUUCACCCAUAGCCGAUUGGCUUUACUACAAUUCUGCAUUUACAGAGCGAAUACUAGGUCUUCCGGCUGAAAACUAUAAAGGCUAUGUGGAAGCUGAUGCGACGCAAAGAGCGAGGCUCAUCAAGUCGCAUUCGUUUUUUCUCAUACAUGGAUUAGCUGAUUCGACGGCACCCUAUAUACAUGGCGUCCAACUGGCAAAAUCAUUAACGGAUGCCAAUGUUUUGUACCGAUAUCAGACCUACGCCGACGAGGAUCAUCAACUGGAGGGCGUUCUCGAGCAUGUCUACUCUUCCAUGGAGCAUUAUUUCUCUGAGUGCUUAAGCUUAGACCCCGAUGAUACCAAACCGAAUCUUGAUCAAAUCGUGCCGGCGGAGUAAACGCAUCACGUGUGAUGCUUAAACAAAGCAUUAAAAUCCAUCACCAUCACACUCUUCCAUCAGCAAAUACCUCCAUACCCCUGCUCUUUUCACCAAGGCAUCAACAAAUUAUGACAAUUCAAAAUGCAUAACACUUAAAGUUAAAUUUAUUCAAAACAAAUCUAUUGCUCAACAAAAUUUAUGAAAUUUGUAUUCGCUCUCUUAUUUUACUAACACGCAUGCAUGCAUUCUCAUGCAUUAAUAGCUGGACUAAUUCCAGCUGAGUUGCUUCAGUCAGUACCAUGGAUAUUUUUGAAUGCCAGUCGAGUACAAUAAACCAUGCACAGCUGCCAGAGCUACACCAAUAAAAAGGAAAUCUAACGGUUUUAAUUCAGCAUUUCGGCUUACAAAACUAUAUUGUUGUAGCAGUAGUAUUGUACGAUAACAUAGAUAUAUACGUGCGUAAUCCUAAAUUGGGCGAAUAUCGGUAUUGCAAGGACUGGGUCUAAAUGCUUUUACAAAUUAAGGGGUUUCAAUUUUAAGCUAUUUAGCGCUUGUUUCUUUGGCGUCAAGUUAGAAUUUUACAAUUUUUCCAAAAAUGUUGUUGACCGGUCUCUGUCGGUUUUUAAUAUCCUGCGUGCUGUCCGAUUCAAGUUUAAGCUCAAUGAUAAGGGUCCUCAUUUUUUAUAGCCGAGUCCGAAAGGCGUGUCGCAGUGCGACACCUCUUAGCGGCGACGUUUUUACAUGGCUGCCAUACAAUUUUUUCAAAUGGCAUAGUUCCUUACAAAUGUCGCCAGCAUCUUUUCUGAUGUUCGUGCCAGGAUUCGAACCCAGGUGUUCACCGUCAUAAGCGGACAAAAGGAUACUUACACAUAAAUAAAAUCGUAGAUAUAUUCAAUAAGCAACUGGCUUUUCAAUCAAUACAACACUAGAAAGACCAAGAUUUCUUAUUGUAUAUACCUAGUUAGACUAAACCGGUCAAAAUGGUCAGGUUGAUUUUUAGCUGGAAAAUUUUAGGAUUUAAACAAUUUUUUUUAUUAUUCUCUUUUAUUAACAUUGAAUAUAUUUCGGUUAAAAAAAUAUGGAUGUAUGUAUUCACAGAAAAAUUUAUAGAAUUUCUCUACAUAAAAAUGAAUUUAGAUUUGUUUGUGGGUUUAUACAUUUGUUUACUCCGUAUACACUCAAAAAAGAGCUGAACAGAUUUUCUUACAAAUAAACUAUAUAAUUUUUUUUUUAUAUCGGAAGGGGGUUGGAUACUGCCUCUUACCAUCAAAACGCCACCCAAAAUCAAAAGUGGACCGAUCGGGACAAUAUGGGAAUCAAAUGAAAGGUAUUUGGGUGUAGAGUACGAAAAUGAUAUGAAAAAUGGGUCCAAGUACCUGGGGGGUCUUCCCGAUCCCAAAACUCACCAAAUAGGCAUAUUUUACUCACAAAAUAGGCAUUUUGUACGAUAUUGUCAGUAUUGAACUCAAAUGAGAACUAUACGGGAGUAGAUUACAAACAUGACACUAAAAACGAGGUCCUAAUAAUGGAGGCCUCAUUUGGAGGAUCAUUUUAAUAAAGUGCUAC